AUGUCGACCUCCACACAAUCGCCUGCUGCUCCAUCCAACGAUGACUCGUCUUCUGGCAACGCCGUCCCACAACAAUCCGGCACCAUCGUCGGCGAGUCGAUACCGAUGGCGAUGGUUUGCGGAAUUAUUGCCGGUGUCAUUUUUGGAAUUUUCUGUCUGAUUCUUCAUGUUUGUCUGGUUAGAUGUCUGGUGAAGGCUCGUGCCAAGCAUAUUCCGAAAGUUCGCAAAGUCAAAGUCAAGAAGGACAAAAAGGGGAAGAAGGGAGGAAAGAAAGGAAAGAAGGGAAAGAAGAGUGAUUCUUCCUCCAAAACUGGAACCUCAACUGGAUCCUCCAUCGCCAUGUAA